GUGCACAUGUAGCACGGGUUCAUAACACAGAUCAUGGACGGCAGGAGUUGAGUGGAGUUGGCUGUAAAGAUUAAUCAAGAAAAUAAAGAAAGGAAAACGAAAAUAAAUAGAAUCCUGUAAAUUAAUAUGGGUCAAGGUGGGUCCACAGAACAAGAUGCAAAGGUCAAGGCAGUGGUUGGCAAACUGAGCAAAAUGGAAAUCAAAGAUAUUGAAGCAUUGUUCAUGGAACUAUCUACAAAGACACAAGAAGGUGAAUCUGUAAUACGACAGCCAACUUGGUUAAACAGAGAUAAAUUUGCUGAAGUUUUUGGAAUGACUGAAUUGGUUAUUGAACAAUUGUUUGAAGCCUUUGACAGGGACAAGAACGGCUUAGUUGACAUGGAAGAAUUUGUGACUGGCAUGGCUCUGUGUCUGCAUGGCAGUGUUAAAGAGAAGUGCAAGCUACUAUUUAAAAUAUUCAAUCUGGAUGGUGACGACGGGAUUAGCAAAGAAGAGUUGUCUGCCGUAUUAACAAGUUGUUUGCAGUCUGCACAGGCUGUUCUGCUUAGCACACUUAAAUCAGAAGGAAUAUCUGGCUGUGAGGAAACGGUUGCAAACCAAACAGGAACUGCUAUGAUGGUCUCUGUAGUUGUUGAUAAGAUUGUGAAAGAUGCAUUCGAAAAGUGUGAUUUAUCUGGAACAGGGAAAUUAGAAAUAAAUGAAUUUGUCAAAUGGGUGCAUAAAAACCCUAAGUUAAUGAAUAACAUCUUUGUGAUGCAAUGUCCAAAGCCAUCAUCUCAAAGCAAUUCUUUGCCAACUUCUGCCAGUUCAUUCUCCAUUAUUGAAACUCCCGUCACUGAGGAAGAAAGUGAUGUCUUCGAAUCAAUAAAACCAAUACCUGAACAAGAAGAACCUGAAUUGAAACAAAUUGAAGAAGAGACUACCCAAAAGCCACAAACUCUUCUAAAUAUUGCAUCUACAACCUCAUCCAAGCAACAGUCGUUGCAAGAUUUCUUCUCACAGCAAACUGGAAAAGAUGACCAGCAAAACUUUUUCGAUUCGCUAGGUGCUGACACAUCCACGCAAUCCAACCAACAGCUUGACAAUAUCGGAAAGGAGAAUUCUCUUCCACGUCCUUUAAGUGAAACAUGCCUCACUCAAAAUCUUGAUGGAAGUUUAGACGCACAUGGAGGAAGUGAGAAUAAUCUGAAUCAAAUAAUACCGAGGAGUCAGUUAAUUCCACAAAAUGUAAAAUCAGAAAGCUUACAGUCAAUAACGCUUUCGCAAGAUUCCUUACUAGAUGAUAAAAAUAAUUCAUCUGAGUUUUCACAAAAUUCAGUGCCACCUAAAUCGUCUGUAAAUGAUGUUGUGGUGUCGUUGGAACCAAAUCUAGAUCCUGCUCCAGAAAUAUUUCCAUCCGAUGUGCAAUAUACAAACAAUGCAUCGCAUUCUUUACAAGAUGCAAGUCACCUGGAAGCAACACAAGGUAGCACAGAUUCAGUUGUUUCCAAUGCCGUUUCACAGUAUCCUGAUUCUGCUGUACUCGAAAAUACUGGUCAAUCGGAAUCUGCACCUCCUAGCAAGUCAGCUGAACAAUCCUCUCAGGAUAUACCUGAAUUAGCAGUUGACAUUGUAAAAGUCGAAAGGCAAAGAAGUGUUCCAAUGGCUGAGGCACCAGCUGAAAUGUUUGCAGAAGAAAAACCCUACUGCUCGUACUGGCAGCCGAAUUAUCGUACGCAACAAACGUUAAAUUUAUUUGGUCAAGGACAGUUGUUUGAUCAAAGCCUAUUGACAUUUCCAUCUGUGUUAGUGGAAAACCAAAUGGGCGAUCCAGUGAGAGACUUGGUAGCCAAAUACUUAGGCGAACAGGAAGCGUACAAGCGGCCAACUCUAACGUCUGAAGCCGUUGAAAUGAAUGAAAAUGGUAUUCGAAAAUUACUGUCUGCUGGUUGCUGGAGAGCUGCAGUGGAUUUAACAACAAAAUAUUUGACAGCAUAUGGUCAGGGCGUUUCUUCGACCAAAGCACAAGAAAGGACUCUGUUGACUCCGAAACUGCUUCAGAUAUGGUUUGUUCGUAUUUCGUUGCUGAUCAAACUGCGCAUGUUUAGCAGUGCAGAAGCGGAAUUGGUGGCUUUUAAAGAUUUUGAAGGUCCUGAUAUGUACUACCAGUUCUACCCACAGCUUUACCCUGGACGGAAAGGAAGCAUAGUUUCAUUCAGUUUUCGACUUCUCCACGCAGAGUUACCACAAUAUAACGGGCGACCAAAUGUCGCACUUGAUCGGCUGUAUCUGUUGUUGUCGAAGGUAACACGUGUUGUUAGCAACCUUUCGAACGGUCUUAAUGAAGAUGGUGAGAAGAAUGUGGACAUACCUCAUGCAGAACUGGAGGAACGCUUGAAAUUGUGGAAGAAAAGACAGCUGCAAAUACAUUACUCGCUUGGGAAUUGUCUUCUUGGAAUGAAGGAAUACACACUUGCUGUAAAAUUAUUUGAAGAAGUGAUCAAACUAGACCCAGCCCGCAAACUUCCAAUCCUAUCCGCUAUAGGAAGGAUCUAUUUACAGUUUGGUGAUUUCGAAACAGCCACAAAGUACUUCAAGAUGGUGGAAAAAGCAGAGGAGAAAGACGAAAAAAUUCUAAGUAUCAUUGCUAUGAAUAAGGGCUACUUGUCGCUGGCUCACAGUUCGUACGAAGAAGCAUACCAACAAUUUACACUUUCAUCUCAGCACAACCCAGAGAAUCUUGCGGCAAACAACAAUGCUGCAGUCUGUUUAUUGUUUAUUGGCAAAGUAAAGGGGGCAAGCAACGUUCUGGAAAGUAUGGUGUGUCGCUCGCCACAAGUCAGUUUACAUGAAGACAUUUUAUUCAAUUUAAAUACCGUGUACGAGCUCGAAACGAGUCGAGCUUUACAAAAGAAACACAAGCUUUUAGACUUAGUAUCGAAACAUCGUGGUGAUAGGUUUAAUGUGCAGUCCUUAAAAUUGACAUAAAUUCUAGAUAUUUUUUUUUUUUUUUUGUAAAUAUAUGAAUAUUUUUUCAGAUAAAUUUAUUAAAUUUA